AUGGAGUGGAACGACGAACAAGUGUUGGUGUUAAUUGACUUAUUCAGAGAACGACGUCAUCUAUGGGACAGUUCGGAUCCAAAUUAUAAAUUAAAAAACAAAAGACACGACAGUCUCAUGGAGAUCGCUGUGUCUUUUGGAAUAGAAAGAUUAGAAAUUGAGCGAAAGUGGAAAAAUUUAACAAGCCAUUUUUGGAGAGAGAAAAAGAAGGAAAAUGAAACGAAAACAACAGGGAGUGGCGCUGAUGAGCCGUACACUAGUAAAUGGUUCGCCUACCAGCCAAUGAUGUUUUUGGGAGAUAAAAAUAAACCAAGGAAUACUCAGGAUAGCGGACAAAGAAAAGAAGAGGAAGAUGAAUCACAAAACAGUCAAGAAGAAGGCAUCAACGAUGACAGCCAAGUUGUUCAUCCCCAAAACUCUGAAGAUAACCAACCAUCAACGCUUUCCCCUUCAGAGGUCCAAGGAACCAAAAAAACAUUCAAAUCUCCGAAGGCACUGAAAAGCAAAUCUGCAAAACGUCGAUUAGUGGCUAGUCCCGGUCCACUGGAUGAGGCUCUGAAUGUUAUGAGAUCUCUUCAUACAAAAAGAGCGAACAUGGAAGAUGAAUAUUCCUUGUACGGAGAACAAAUAGCGAUUAAACUAAGGAAUCUUUCUUCACCCCGAACCAGGUUGGUCGUGCAAAACAAAAUCAACCAAUUAUUAUUUGAAGCUGAAAUGGGAUACCUUGAUCAUCAGCAUGGGUACAAUGUGCCACAAGUCAAUAUGCAACAAAAUCCUGGACCGGCCAAUCCAAUGGUGCCUCCAUUCCCCCAGGCUUCCAACAUGCCCAAUCAAUUCCAACCACCAAUCUUCACUGAAUUGACCAAUGCAUCAUCUAACUGGUUUUCGACAUCUGGAUACUCCUCAAUGCCGUCAUCAAUCUCCUCGUACUCGCCAUCGCCAUCGCCAUCCCCUGCAUCCACUGGUUCAGAACUUUCAAAUAUGGACCCCUUCCCUCAAUAG